UAUUUUUCCUCCUCCGUUUCAUAUUCUUCUUUGUCUCUCAUUUGUCUCCUUCCCUUUCUUUUUUCUUUUAAUUACUUUACCCCUUUUCCCUUCUACAAAAUCAGCCUUUUUUCUUUUAUCUUCUUCUUCUUCUUCUUUCUUGUACUUAGUUUGAUAGCUGUAACUUUCAUCUUUAUAUGAUGGCUAUUUCUCCCAGUAGCUCUUCUAGCCUGGAGUUGACUAUAUCCAUGCCUGGCUUUGCUUCUUCUCCUUCUGUUCCUUCUUAUGGUGAAGGAGUUAAAGAUUUGGACAUAAACCAACUACCGGCAGGAGUAGCAGAAGAAGAAUGGAUCACCGCUGGAAUAGAAGAUGAAGAGGAAAGUAAUAUUAACGGAGGUCCUCCUCGUAAAAAGCUCCGUCUUUCCAAAGAGCAAUCUCGCCUUCUUGAAGAAAGUUUCAGGCAACACCAUACUUUAAACCCAAGGCAGAAAGAAGCAUUGGCUAUGCAGUUGAAGUUGAGGCCUAGACAAGUUGAGGUGUGGUUUCAAAACCGUAGGGCCAGGAGCAAGCUUAAGCAGACAGAGAUGGAAUGCGAGUAUUUAAAGAGGUGGUUUGGAUCAUUGACGGAGCAAAACAGAAGGCUACAAAGGGAAGUAGAGGAGCUUAGGGCAAUGAAAGUGGGUCCACCAACUGUAUUAUCACCUCACAGUUGUGAACCUCUUCCAGCAUCAACUCUCACUAUGUGUCCACGGUGUGAACGUGUGACAACCACCACCAACACCAGCACUAACACCGCCGCAGCCUUCGACAAGGGCCCCACCAGAACCGCCACCCCUGCCACCACCCCUACAACCGCAGUCGCCACCUUGUCCUCUAAAGUUGGGACACCAACCCUCCAAUCUCGUCAAUCUUCCGCAGCUUGUUAGUCUUUGUGGUCACCGAUUGAUUAAUUUACUUUGAAAGAAGAAAAGAAAAGAAAAUAGAUGAAGGAAUGUUCAUAGUAGUUUACACAUAAAGGGACCAUAAAAAGAAAAAAAAAAAAAAAGGAAAAAAGUGUACGUAAUGCACGAGAUAGGUACUAUAUACAUACAUGUAGUAUAUAGUACCAAAUCUGCAUAUGGAUUAUUUAAUUUUACUUGUUGGCAUUUUCUUGCUUUCCGAAAUUAUUUCAUUUAUUGGUUCAGCUACGUUUGUUUAAGUGGCUAGGCGGUUAGGAAUAUUGAAUAAAUUGAACAAUUAAUUACUCUGAACUAACUGAGCACUUAAUUAAACAGAAGAAAAUUUGUGCUGUUUUUGGUCGACAUUUA